AUGGUCAUCUACAAGCUGGAGAAGGAUGCAGAUCGCUGGUGGAGGAAUACCGAGCUGAUUCUUGAAGCACGCCACACAAGAAUCACUUGGGAGGAAGUUUGUUUUCUCAGCCAUGAGAUUUCCCGAAAGGGAGUACUUGGCGACCCUAGUAAAGUUGAGGCUGUACUGAAUUGGGAGCGGCCUAAGAUCGUGACUGAGAUCAGAAGUUCCUUGGACUUGCAGGGUAUUACAGAAGAGAGAGUGAGGCUAGUUCAGGAGCUGAAGAGGAAGCUCACGUCUACUUCCGUACUUAUAAUCCUUAAUCCUAUGCAGACCUCUGUGGUCUACGCAGAUACUAGCAAGCAAGGACUGGGAUACGUCUUGACGCAGCAAGAUGAAGUACCAUUCAAGGAAAGCUAUUAUGGUCGUAGAUGGCUUGAGCAGGAAGGCAGUACACGUAGCAUCGCUAAUGAUCUGAGAGCAGGAGCUGAUUAA